GGCGGCCGGAGAGUUGUCGGCUGGGAAAUGGCGGCCGCGGGCUUGGUCGCUGUUGCAGCGGCUGCUGAGUACUCUGGCCCAGUGGCAUCGGGUGGUAACCUUUCCGGCGUUAACUGCGGCCCUAGCCUCGGGGCGGGCUCCGGUCCUGGCCCAGGCUCGUGGAGCCGCUCCCUCGAUCGAGCCCUGGAGGAAGCGGCAGUAACCGGGGUGCUGAGCCUGAGCGGCCGGAAACUGAGGGAGUUUCCCCGGGGAGCGGCCAACCACGACCUGACGGACACCACCCGGGCGGACCUGUCACGAAACCGCCUCUCAGAAAUUCCUAUAGAAGCAUGUCACUUUGUUUCUCUUGAAAAUCUCAACUUAUAUCAAAAUUGUAUUCGGUAUAUCCCAGAGGCGAUUCUAAACCUGCAGGCCCUAACAUUCUUAAAUAUUAGUCGGAACCAACUGUCAACAUUGCCAGUACACUUGUGUAAUUUACCAUUGAAAGUUUUAAUUGCUAGUAAUAACAAAUUGGUAUCACUUCCAGAAGAAAUUGGACAUCUCAGACAUUUGACAGAACUUGAUGUGAGCUGCAAUGAAAUUCAAACUAUACCUUCCCAGAUUGGUAAUCUAGAGGCCUUGAGAGACCUUAAUGUGAGAAGAAAUCACUUAGUACGUUUGCCUGAAGAGCUGGCAGAGUUACCUUUGAUACGGUUAGACUUCUCAUGCAAUAAAAUUAUAGCAAUCCCUGUUUGUUAUCGGAAUCUUAGGCACCUACAAGUGAUCACCCUAGAUAACAAUCCACUGCAGUCACCUCCUGCACAGAUAUGUAUAAAAGGGAAAAUCCACAUAUUUAAAUUCCUGAACAUACAAGCUGGUAAGAUUGCUCCAGAUCUGCCAGAUUAUGAUAGGAGACCCUUGGGUUUUGGCUCCUGCCAUGAAGAACUAUAUUCAGGUCGCCCUUAUGGAGCCCUUGAUUCAGGUUUCAAUAGUGUGGACAGUGGUGAUAAGAGAUGGUCAGGGAAUGAGCCUACAGAUGAAUUUUCAGAUCUGCCUCUCCGAGUAGCAGAGAUUACUAAAGAACAAAGACUACGACGAGAAAGCCAAUACCAAGAGAAUCGCAACAGUUUAAUAGUAACAAAUGGUGGAGUGGAACAUGAUCUGGAUCAAAUUGACUACAUUGACAGCUGUACUGCAGAGGAAGAAGAGGACGAGGUGAAACGGUCCAAGGGACUGGACUCAGAGAGCCUCAGUUCACAGUUUAUGGCAUAUAUUGAACAACGGCGAGUCUCUCAUGAGUGUUCACCAGUAAAGACAAGUGCCAUUAGGGAGUUUCAAAAAACAGAAGACAUGAGAAGAUAUUUACAUCAAAACAGGGUUCCAGUUGAGCCAUCUUCUCACUUAUCACUAUCACCAAGUCACAAUCAGCUGUCACAUACAGACUUGGAACUUCAUCGGAGAAAAGAACUAUUAGUAGAGCGCACUAGGAGAGAAGCACAGCUUGCUGCCCUGCAGUAUGAGGAGGAGAAAAUAAGGACUAAGCAGAUUCAGAGAGAUGCUGUCCUGGAUUUUGUCAAGCAAAAAGCAUCACAAAGUCCACAAAAGCAACAACCCCCCACAGAUGGUGAGUCGCUGUCAGGGUUGAAUCAAGUGGGCUGUGCUGUUACCCUGCUUCAUUCUUCUGCCUUCACGCCUCUUAAGAGUGAUGACAGAUCUACUGCCUUAUCAAGUUCACCUACAACAGAAACAGUUCAUCAUUCCCCUGCAUAUUCUUUUCCUGCUACCAUCCAGAGAAAUCAACCCCUGCGCCCUGAAAGUUUCCUUUUCCGAGCAGCUGUCAGGGCAGAAACAAAUAAAGGCCAUGCUUCACCUCUCCCAUCUUCUGCACCUACCACUGAUUCUACAGAUCCCAUAUCAAGGCAGAGAGAAGAAGAGCUGAAAUUAAUAGAACAACUACGAAAACAUAUAGAGUACCGACUAAAAGUAUCUCUGCCUUGUGAUCUUGGAGCAGCUCUAACUGAUGGUGUUGUUCUUUGCCAUUUGGCCAAUCAUGUGCGUCCUCGAUCUGUCCCAAGCAUUCAUGUUCCCUCACCAGCUGUGCCUAAAUUAACAAUGGCAAAAUGCAGGCGAAAUGUGGAGAAUUUCCUAGAAGCUUGCAGAAAAAUUGGUGUACCUCAGGAGCAAUUAUGUUUGCCUCUCCACAUUUUAGAAGAGAAAGGUUUGAGCCAGGUGGCAGUGACCGUCCAGGCUCUCCUGGAACUUGCACCUCCCAAGCAGCAGCAGCACCAACUAUCUGCUGUUUAAGGACUCCCAGGACCUUGGCAUUGGCCUGACCCAAACAAGGAGCAGGACAACGAGAUUGCUGCUGUCAGCCGUCUGAUAUCAAACAAAGCUCUUAACGUGUUCUUAGAAGGAACUGUUUCCAUGAUUCCUACCAGGAAUGUUUUACUUCAUUUCUCCAUUUUAGGGGAGGUUAUGUCCAUUUCCACUGAUUUUUUUUUUUUUUUUUUUUUGGUUAAGACCCAGUUGGUUUUCUCAUGAAACUUCUCAUUAUUGAGAACCCAACACUGAAGUCUAAACUGGCUGUGCUUUCCUAGACGCUUAUUUCAAACACCACAGCAAAUACCUUCUAAGAUAUUUGGCUCUCUUGAAGGCACAGACAUGCUAUUAUCUUUACCAGUUCCCAAGACAUCUAGGGUUCACUGAAUUCUAAACAGCUAUGCAUUUAGAAUUUCCUGGAGCAUUUGUUAAAAUACAGAUUCACAUUCACUAGGUCUGGGGUGAGGCCUGGAAAUCUGUAUUUUCAACACAUUCCCAUUUUUAAUUAGUGGAGACUUCUGCUCCAAGCCAGAUAGUUGUGUGGUUCUGUGGGGGCACUGCCUGCCCCCUGCAUUUUUCAGCCACAUUUAAAAGUCAGAAGCUGUAUUAUGAUGACAUAGACUAUUCUGUUAAAGGCAAAAUUCAAAUAAUAUAGAAGGCCUAGAUUUUAAAUAGCUAAACAGAGAAACGAUACUGUUGUAUUUGAAGCCAGUGUACUAAGCCCCCCUCCAACUCCAGCCCAUUACCACAUCAACUUCUUCCUGAGGAUGGUUCUACGUAUCAUCCUGCUAUUAUCUAAAUAAAUAAGUGUCGCAACCCCUUGCCCGCAAGGAAGACGCAACUCAGGAAUCUUCUUUCAGCA